AUGUCCAAGGCCACCUUUGCGGUCAUCGCCGCCGCGAGUGCAGCUACCGGCGCUGGGGUGACGGCGCUGUUCUACUCCAAGAACCGCCAGCAGUCGGUCCCUCCUCCUCCUUCGACGGCGACGACGACGACGAAGACUCCUAUUGAAAGCCGGGCGGCUGUGCCCCCCGCCGCCAUUCCGGAGCCGUCGCUGGCGCCGAAGCCGUCGACUGCUGCCCCCGUCGACCCGGCGGGCAUCUUCCAGUACGGGUUUCCGGGCCCUGUGUCGGACUCGCUGAACGCGCUGCCCCUGACGGGGGCGUACGACCGACGGACACGGAACCCGGCGUGGGUGGCCGAACACAUCACACCGCAGUCGCUGGCGAUGAGCAAUGCGGACCGCAAACAGAGCGUCUUCUUCGAGGAUGCCAGCAUCCCGGCGGCCUUCCGCGCCAAGCUGUCCGACUACUUCCGCUCGGGCUACGACCGGGGCCACCAGGUGCCUGCGGCCGACGCCAAGUGGUCGCAGGAUGCGAUGGACGGGACCUUUGCGUUGACCAACAUGUGCCCGCAGGUCGGCCAGGGCUUCAAUCGCGACUACUGGGCGCAUUUCGAGAACUUCUGCCGCGACCUCACGCGCAAGUAUCCCUCGGUGCGCAUCGUGACGGGCCCGCUGUACCUGCCUCACCGCGACCCGGAUGGCAAGUGGCGCGUCAGCUACGAGGUCAUCGGCAACCCGCCCAACGUUGCCGUGCCCACCCACUUCUACAAGGUCAUCUACGCCGAGGACGGGUCCGGCAAACCCUCGAGCGGCGUCGCCCUGGGGGCCUUUGUGCUUCCCAACGCCGUCAUCCCCAACACAAAGUCCCUCGCUGAGUUCGAGGUGCCUCUCGAGGCUGUCGAGCGGGCCUCUGGGCUCGAGUUCGCCUCCAAGCUCGAUGUCAGCCGUCGCCGCCGUCUCUGCCAGGAGGUGAAAUGCGAGGUCACCAUUCGGGAAUUCAACGACGCCAGGCGGAAAUAG